AGUCGGUCCCAGACCUUCAUGGGGGAAGAUCUGUCUCCAGAGCAGGAGACUAGCACCUAGGACAGUGCAAUCCUGGACAGGCCCGGGGGGAGCAGAAGGGAACUCCAGCCCUGUCUCUGCCAGGCUGCAGGCUCUGAGGGGAAGGGCCUAGCCAGUGUGAGGAGUCGAAGGGGAAGUGGCCCAGGGACGUGGACAGAAGGAGAGAAGGAGGAAAGGAUGGCUGACACUAGAGGGUCCCUGGGUUGGGACCCAGAGUAGUGGGCAGGCCAGGGUCCCCCCCUUCCUUUACACCUGGCCGACAGGAGUGGCUGUCUGGGGCAGCACCAAUCCCCUGCCAAGAGGGGUGUGACUUUGGGGGUGCAGUUGCCCACAUUGGCUGGGGCACAGAGAGACAGCUGAUUUGUCCCCCUCCCCCAGAAGGGGGCGAGGAUGGACUAAGGGGCACUGCGGGAGGGCAGUGGCUCGAAGAGGACGCUGCAAGUUGGGAGCAACACAGGUCCACACGCCAACUGAGGGCGAGACAACGGAUGGGACACCACUGGGAGAGGGCGCUCCACUGGACUGAGCUAAUUCCCAGAGGCAACCAGCAGGAGGCGCUGCGGUGGUACCACUUUGGUUUGCCGAAAUUAUUCAGCGCAAGGUCAAAGGACAACUGCUUUACAGAGAAGACGCCUUUGCUGAAGGUUUCCUCUGAGGAAAAUGGGUUACGAUGUAUGGCUCUUCAUAAUCCAGAUUUUACCACAGAUGAUGAUUCAUGGGAUAACAGCUCUGCAGAAUUUGAGCAAAGGUCUCACCUGGGAAGUGAAAUGGCCAGCUUGUCUAGAUCUGAUUCCUCUGAGAAAUAUGAACUCUUGGACAACCUUCAUGUCAAGUUCAAUUUAUCAAAGAUGAGAUGCUGUUUAAGAUUCCUAAAAGUUUCAACCCUUUUUAUCUUUGUAGUGGUGUGCUCUAUUUUAUUUAGCACUUAUCCAGAUCAUGGAGCACCCUGGCAGAUGUUGGCUGUGUCACCAUUGGAAAGCUACUCUAUGAAUAUUACAGAUUUUCGUGAAUCCGCUCUGCUGAAGUUAGAGCUAGGAGGACCUUUUGCAGCAGAUGUGGUUGAUCGGCGGGCAGAGGAAUACAUAAUAGUGCAAAUUGGGCAGAUAGAAGACCCUGGAUCUAGAAGGAGACGUCAGCCCCAGGUCUUAUACAACUGGACUCUACCUUUAAACUCAAGACGAAAUGAGCAAGUUAUCACAACUAGAAUCUUUGAGAUACUUAACAGUAAUGCAAUCUCCAUAAACAUUCAAGCUUUCCUACAGGAGUCUGCAAUUGUUCCUCUCUCCAUGAAGCAUCAGUACCUUCAUGCAAAUAUAGAGACACAAGUAACAAUUGCAUCAGUCAUCUUAGCAGGCGUUUAUUUGCUUAUCAUAUUGGAGAUUGUUCACAGAACCCUAGCAGCAAUGUUGGGCUCCUUGGCAGCUUUAGCUGCAUUAGCUGUGGUUGGUGAGAGACCAAGCAUGGUCAAAGUGGUGGAGUGGAUUGAUUAUGAAACCCUGGCGCUGUUGUUUGGAAUGAUGCUUUUAGUGGCCAUAUUUUCAGAAACUGGAUUUUUUGAUUACUGUGCAGUAAAGGCUUACCAACUGUCUAGAGGCAGAGUGUGGGCCAUGAUUAUCAUUCUGUGUCUUAUUGCUGCAAUUCUUUCUGCAUUUUUGGACAACGUUACCACAAUGCUUCUCUUUACUCCAGUAACCAUAAGGUUAUGUGAGGUACUUAAUCUUGAUCCUAGACAUGUGCUGAUUGCAGAAGUUAUCUUCACAAACAUUGGAGGGGCUGCCACAGCUGUCGGGGAUCCACCAAAUGUGAUUAUUGUUUCAAAACAGGAAUUGAGGAAGGCGGGUUUGGAUUUUGCAGCAUUUACAGGACAUAUGUUUGUUGGAAUUUGUCUUGUUCUUCUGGUCUCCUUUCCUUUCCUCAGACUCCUUUACUGGAACAAAAAGCUUUACAACAAGGAGCCAAGUGAGAUUGUUGAACUGAAACACGAGAUCCAUGUUUGGAGACUGACAGCACAACGCAUCAACCCUGCCAGCAGAGAAGAAACUGCUGUGAAAUGCCUCUUAAUGCAGAAAGUUCUGACUCUGGAGAUCUUGCUGAGGAAAAAACUCAAAACGUUCCAUAGACAAAUUUCACAAGAAGAUAAAAACUGGGAAACAAAUAUUCAGGAGCUCCAAAAAAAGCACAGAAUAACAGACAAAAUACUUCUCAUCAAAUGCCUGACUGUGUUGGGAUUUGUUAUCCUGAUGUUCUUUCUCAAUUCAUUUGUUCCAGGCAUUCAUCUAGAUCUUGGGUGGAUUGCAAUGUUGGGAGCUAUUUGGCUACUAGUGUUAGCUGACAUCCAUGAUUUUGAGAUGAUACUAAACAGAGUGGAAUGGGCAACACUUCUUUUCUUUGCCGCACUGUUUGUUCUAAUGGAGGCUUUGGCUCAUCUUCAUUUAAUAGAUUAUAUAGGAGAACAGACAGCUUUGUUAAUAAAGGUGGUUCCUGAGGAUCAACGCCUAGCAGUUGCUAUCAUUUUAGUACUCUGGGUCUCUGCUCUGGCAUCCUCCCUAAUUGACAACAUUCCAUUCACAGCUACAAUGAUUCCUGUGCUUCUCAACCUGAGUCAAGAUCCUGAUGUUAACCUGCCUGUGAAACCACUAAUCUUUUCAUUGGCCAUGGGUGCGUGUCUUGGAGGUAAUGGGACAUUGAUCGGAGCAUCUGCAAAUGUGGUUUGUGCAGGAAUUGCAGAACAGCAUGGCUAUGGCUUCUCUUUCAUGGAGUUUUUCAGGUUGGGUUUCCCCAUGAUGAUUGUGUCCUGUACUAUUGGGAUGUGUUAUCUCCUUGUUGCUCAUGUCGUACUGGGUUGGAACUCUUAAUAAUUUAUACUUUCAAGACCAAAAGAAGCUUUCUGUCUCGUUCAAUCUAUACAUCAGAGCACUAAGAAGACACCAUUGAAAAGAAGAAGAAAAAACCCCACUUUAAAAAGCGACAUAUUGAUUAAAAUGAUUGGCAGUCUUAGUUUUUGUCAUUCAUAACCUUAUGCUCUGUGAACAAUUUGCAGAGCUGAGUACUGAAGUUUAAAGGAUUCAAAUUUUGUGUCAUGGUCAAUAUUAAUAAGCACAUAAAGAGAUACCAUCACAAGGGAAUAUCUUGUGUCCUGAAACUUUGUCUUGUCACAAUCCGAGUACAGUCACAGAUGGAAAAACUUCAUUCACAAUGGAAGAUGUUCAGUAGUUUCUUCCUAGGGGUUCAUUUGUCUUUGUCAAUAUAUUUAGCUAUUUGUAUUAAAGUAACUAACAUUCAGUCUGUACAAGCUGUAACAAUAGACAUAUAAGCAGACAAUCUGUACACUAUAAGGGAUGUACUGUUGUCUUUGUUCAAAAAUAAAAACAUCCCAACAAGAA